UGUUCUGGAAGCAGAGCCGCGCCCGGGCCCGUUCCGUUACCUCUCUACUCGUGCAGCGGAAGCGUCGGCGGCCGCCGCCAUGUACCGCUACUUGGGGGAGUUACUGGCGUCCCGCCUGGCCGCCGGAUCGGUGUUGGCGGGCGCGGAGCCGGGCGGGCCGGCAGCGGUAGCUGCAGCCGGAGGCGCAGUGGUGGCGGCAUGGGGCAGAGGCCGGUGCCCGCGGCGACACUACUGCGAAGCGGCGAAGAAAGAGGACGACCCCAACUUCUUCAAGAUGGUGGAGGGGUUCUUCGACCGCGGUGCCAGCAUUGUGGAGGACAAGCUGGUGGAGGGGCUGCGCACCCGCGAGAGCAUGGACGAGCGGCGCCACCGCGUCCGUGGCAUCCUCCGCAUCAUCAAGCCUUGCAACCAUGUGCUCAGCGUCUCCUUCCCUAUCAAGCGUGACAACGGCGAGUGGGAGGUGAUCGAGGGCUACCGGGCCCAGCACAGCCAGCAUCGCACCCCCUGCAAGGGAGGUAUUCGUUAUAGUUUGGAUGUCAGUGUGGAUGAAGUAAAAGCCUUAGCAUCGCUAAUGACAUACAAAUGUGCUGUUGUUGAUGUACCAUUUGGUGGGGCAAAGGCUGGUGUCAAGAUCAAUCCCAAGAACUACACAGACAAUGAAUUGGAAAAAAUCACAAGAAGGUUUACCAUGGAGCUGGCAAAAAAAGGCUUUAUUGGACCUGGUGUUGAUGUGCCUGCUCCUGAUAUGAGCACAGGGGAGAGGGAGAUGUCCUGGAUUGCUGACACCUAUGCCAGUACCAUAGGACACUACGAUAUUAAUGCACAUGCAUGUGUAACUGGUAAGCCCAUCAGCCAGGGUGGCAUCCAUGGACGUAUAUCUGCAACUGGUCGUGGUGUCUUCCAUGGAAUUGAAAAUUUCAUCAAUGAAGCAUCAUAUAUGAGCAUAUUAGGAAUGACACCUGGAUUUGGGGAUAAAACAUUUGCUGUUCAGGGAUUUGGUAAUGUGGGCUUGCAUUCUAUGAGAUACUUGCAUCGUUUUGGAGCAAAAUGUGUUGCUGUUGGAGAGUUUAAUGGUUCUAUCUGGAAUCCUGAUGGGAUUGACCCAAAGGAACUAGAAGACUACAAAUUGCAACACGGGACAAUCAUGGGCUUCCCUAAAGCUCAGACACUUGAGGGCAGUAUUCUGGAAACAGACUGUGACAUUCUCAUCCCUGCUGCCAGUGAGAAGCAGUUGACAAAGGCAAAUGCUCACAAAGUUAAAGCAAAGAUUAUUGCUGAAGGUGCCAAUGGGCCUACAACUCCUGAAGCUGACAAAAUCUUCUUGGAGCGGAAUAUCAUGGUUAUCCCUGAUCUGUACCUGAAUGCUGGUGGUGUAACAGUAUCCUAUUUUGAAUGGCUGAAAAACUUGAACCAUGUCAGUUAUGGCCGCCUGACUUUCAAAUAUGAAAGGGAUUCAAACUACCACUUGCUCAUGUCUGUCCAAGAAAGCUUGGAAAGAAAAUUUGGGAAACACGGUGGAACUAUUCCAGUUGUGCCUACAGCAGAAUUUCAAGAUAGGAUAUCGGGUGCUUCUGAGAAAGACAUUGUCCACUCUGGGUUGGCUUAUACAAUGGAACGUUCUGCCCGGCAAAUCAUGCGUACUGCCAUGAAGUACAACCUGGGUCUGGAUCUGAGAACGGCUGCCUAUGUCAAUGCAAUUGAGAAAGUCUUCAAAGUGUACAACGAGGCUGGCCUGACUUUUACAUAAAGAGGCCAUUACUGCUCCUUACUGUAUCCCACCCCUCGCUGUUAAUGUACCCUCUUCUUGAGAAAGCUUAUCACAAGUUUACAUGUAACCACAAAAUUUUCCUUUUCUUCUGACAUUAUAGUGGAUUCUAUUCUCAAUUAGUUUCAAUCCAAGCUAGUCUUUUUUACAAUAAAAAUCCAUGGAUUAGGAAAUUGUACACAGAGUAUGCAUCUGAAGGUAACAGUUCAUCUGCACUUGUGGGGGCCAUUCUGGGUAUUUUGCCUACAAAACAAAAUGGUACAUGUUAUGUAUGAGAGAGUGGUCUUGCCACCUGAGCCACCUCUCAGACUUCAGAUCAGAUACUGUACUAGAUGAGCAUUUUGCUCAUUAUUACUUCAUGCACUUUUCUUUAAUGAUGUAAUUUUGGCUUUGGCACUUUCAGUAAGGCCUUAUAUGAUCAAUGCUGUGGCAUUGUCAAAGGAAGAAUGGGCCUCCAGCAGGGUUUAACUUUGAUAGGAGUCUAAUUUUUAUUUGUAGUAGAGCUUCAUGCCUGGUUCUCUUUAGGCAACCUUUGUUGGCUUUGUUGUUUUUCUUUAACCGUGCUGCUGUUACAGGACUGCCUUUUACUGCUUGUUCAAGCUAGCCUGACUAUCACCAUGAAGUAUGUAGAGGUGACAGACUAAUAUUUUUAUAAGCUCAAACUAUUGAGCAACUCCAGUUAUGUUUUUAAUCAAGCAUCUACAUAACUAUUCUGACUGUAAUCUAAAAAUCUUUUA